GCCAUGUUUGUAACUUGCAGAACCUUCUUCUUCAUCAAAGAUUCCUUUUUCUUAAAGAAUUUCGAUAUUUUAUUCUUCAGAUGACGUUUUGAACACGAAAAUUAAAGCAUUUCGGCCUCCUUUCUUAGUAGAAUCAUUAGUUUCGUUCAGGUGGGUUAUUGUUAAUUAUCGCCAAGAUGAAUGAUUUGAUGACCAAGUCUUUCCUUAGUUACGUAGAACUCAAGAAACAAGCAUUGAAAGACCUUGAAUCAGAUGAGCCUGACAUUGAAAUGGGCCAACUUCAUCCCACAGAUGAAGAAAACCUCUCGAAAUUCUUCGAUGAAGUCAUGAUUAUCAAGAAUGACAUGGAAGAAAUCACCAACCUUGUCCAUGAUCUUCAGGGACUAAAUGAAGAAUCAAAGUCCACUCACAGUGCAAAAGUUCUUAGAGGAAUUAGAGACAGAAUACAGUCCGAUAUGAUAACCAUUCUCCAAAAAGCCAAGAAUAUUAAGUCAAGGUUGGAAUCCCUUGAUCACUCCAACAUAGAGAACAGAAAGUUGGCAAUUUCUUACAAGGAAGGAACUCCUAUUGAUCGAACAAGGAUGUCGACGACUAAUGGUUUGAGGGUGAAGUUGAGAGAAAUGAUGUGGGAUUUUCAGUCUUUGAGGGAGCAGAUUGUGAAAAGCCACAAAGAGGGGCUUAAAAGGCAGUAUUACAAUGUGACUGGAGUGGAACCAAGCCAAGAAAUGAUAGAAAGUCUGCUUUUUGGAGGAGGGGAAGACAAGGUUUUUGAAGGGAAGGCAGAUUUAGUGAUGGAGAACAGAGAAAGGCACGAAGCCUUAAAAGAGAUACACAGGAGUUUGACAGAGCUGCACCAUGUUUUCCUUGACAUGGCAGUGCUGGUUGAGACACAGGGAGAACUGAUCAAUGAUAUCAAAGAGAAUGUGGCUAAAGGUGGAGUUUACAUUAGUGGAGGGACUAACGCGUUGUUUUAUGCAAACCAAAUGAAGAAUAGGAGAAGAAAUUGUGCUAGUUGGAUUGGGGGAUUUGUGUUGGUUCUGCUCUUGAUAUGCAUCAUCUCCAUCUUAGCUUCUUAAGUUCUGCUAACGUGAGAAGGUUCAGUUUCUAUCUAAAUAGAAGAACGCUUUGGUAGGUUUUUGGUUCACUAGCUGAGGAUUUCACUAGAAUUGUUUUAUUUACUUACUUAUUUUUUUCUAUAUUCUCUGUUAUUUUGAGGGCAAUCUUUUUUAUGAGUUCUCUUCAUCGUCCACUAAUUGCUUCGAUGUUACUUGAACAAUCACGAAAUUUAAUAAGAUGUAUAUUGAAUG